CUCCAGGCGAGUAUGCGCAGUGUCAUCAUGUGUCCGCCAUUGAGAGGACUCGCGAUCAGGGAAAGGGUCAGAGUUGCUUCGACUGUCGAUGGCUGCACGUUUCGCUCUCUCUGGUCGUUACCAUCUUUCGAACUCUGAUCGUUGUCUUUACCACCAUCAAAUUAUCUGCUGUGUGGAGGAAAUAUAAUCUUUCUCUGCUGUGAAUGAUUUGUCACUCUCAAAUUAAUGGAAUCUGUUGUUAGUAUCAUACGGAUAUAUUCAUUGCGAGCAGGCUAUCAGGCAAAGUAAGCCAGCUAGCUAGCUAGCCCUCAGCAUUGAGCUUGUGAGUUAGCUAGCUGACUGACUCUGGUUGGCUAACUGGCUAACCGAGCACGAACUGAGCCUUGCUCGGGGGGGCAGUGUGCCUGCAGUGCAAUUUAUGGAUCCAAGAAUUGCUUGGUUUCAGCCAGAACAGCGCGGACCUGUUAACAGCUUGUGGAUGCAGAUUUGGGAGACAACGCAGGGUCUGGGAAAUUUGUACUUCAACAACAACUACAGCACGGGAGCUAGCUCGUCAAGUCACAGUCCGAAAUCCAACAGCAACGGGGCUACAAGUAACGUGAUCACGACCGAAAACGGGACUCCCAGCACCACCAUCGGCCCAGGCGUAAGUGGCAGCAGCGAGUCCAGGAAUCAGGGGAUGUCUACUUCAAGGGCCGAUAGUGAUAUCGUGGAACAACGGGACUUCAUUCCUUUGGAAACCAAUAACAACCAAAACAACCGAUCCGUCGGAAGGGGCGGCGGCGGAGGGGUGCUUGCUGGUGGGGUUGGGGUCUGGAGGGGGGACAUCGCCGGGCACCGUAACAAGAGGAAAAGAGAUAAUAAGGCAAGCACGUUUGGAUUCAAUAGCAUCCAAUUGCUAAAUGGAUCUGGAGGAGACGACGCUGAUGGCUGCGCCUAUACGGGUACGCCUUGGAAGACCCGAAACUAUUCCGAGGGAAUCAUUGGUCUCCAUGAGGAGAUCCAGGACUUCUAUGAGUACAUGUCUCCACGUCGUGAGGAGGAGAGUAUGAGGCUGGAGGUGGUGGAUCGCAUCAAGCGGGUCAUCAAGGACCUCUGGCCCUCCGCUGACGUUCAAGUGUUUGGCAGCUUCAGCACUGGAUUGUAUUUACCAACCAGUGAUAUCGACCUGGUGGUGUUUGGGAGCUGGGACACGCUGCCUCUCUGGACCCUGGAGGAGGCCUUGCGCAGGAAGAACGUGGCCGACGAGAACUCUGUCAAAGUGCUGGAUAAGGCCACGGUGCCCAUCAUCAAGCUGACCGAUUCACACACCGACGUGAAGGUGGACAUCAGCUUCAACGUCCAGAACGGAGUCAAGGCCGCCCGCCUCAUACGAGACUUUAAGAAGAAAUACCCGGUGCUUCCCAAGCUGGUGCUGGUCCUGAAGCAGUUCCUGUUGCAGCGCGACCUGAAUGAGGUGUUCACGGGGGGCAUCGGCUCCUACAGCCUCUUCCUCAUGGCCGUCAGCUUCCUGCAGAUGCACUACCGAGAAGACGUGUCCAGUCCCAACACUAACAUCGGCGUGCUGCUGAUCGAGUUCUUCGAGCUGUACGGCCGGCACUUCAACUACCUGAAGACGGGGAUCCGGAUAAAGGACGGCGGCAGCUACGUGGCCAAAGACGAGGUGCAGAAGGGCAUGUUGGACGGAUACCGGCCCUCCAUGCUCUACAUCGAGGACCCCCUGCAACCAGGUAACGACGUUGGCCGCAGUUCGUACGGCGCCAUGCAGGUCAAGCAGGCGUUUGACUACGCGUACGUGGUGCUCAGCCACGCCGUCUCGCCCAUUGCCAAGUACUACCCCAACAACGAGACAGAGAGUAUAUUGGGGAGAAUAAUCCGCGUGACCCAGGAGGUGGCCGAGUACAGGGACUGGAUCAGCAAGCAGUGGGGGACGCAAUCACUAAACGAAGGAGUCCUGAACGGAAAUGACGUCACCCUGGAGCCCCAGCAGCUGGAUAAGUGCAACAACAACGUGUCGGAGGAGGACAGUGAUGUGGUGGAGGUGCUCCCUUCCAAGAGCUCCUCUUCCUCCUCCUCCUCGUCUUCCUCCUCCACGCCGCCCUCCUCCCCCUCCUCAUCCCCACCCUCCACGCCCUCCUCCUCUACCGCAUCCAGCGCCUCCAGCAGCGACGACUCUGACGGCACGCCGUGCAAGACGGUGAAGCAGCAGCCGGCACGUAGCUCCAGCAGCCACAGCAGCCACAGUCGGGAGAGCACAGAGCGGACGCAAACCAACAACCAUCGCACACAACACCACUCCACCAGCACCCCCAGCCAUAACAGCAAAGGCAACAAGGCGCAGUCCAAACAGUACCGGCAGAACAAGAGCUCGCAAGGCCAGCAGAACUCCUCGUCGUCCAACAACGCCAAGAGCCACCAAAGCAGCAAGGGUCACCACCAGGGCCACAGCAAAAAGAGGAAACCGCAGAGGGACGCCGCACACGAGGACCUGUGCAGAUAGAGGGCGCUGUUUCACCUCCUCUGUCUGUCUGCGUUUUCUCUCUUCUCUCCUCUCUACUGUUCCCCCCUCGCGCUGCGCAGACUGGGCAACUCCAUGAAAUUUCCCCUCGGCUCUGGUUUCCUGUCUUAGGAAAGAGAGGCUGGGAAAAGUGAGUUUUGCCAGGAGGGUAUUGCAAGAGGUCUUUAGUGCUAUCAACUUUUUUUUUCUCUUUCCUCCUCCCUCACGAGGAGGAGAGAUAUACGACUUUUUUUUUAUAGCAGGAAAAAAAAAAAUUAAAAUAUGAGGAAAGAGGUUCAUGGGCGUGAACAGAAAUCA